CAUUUUCUCGGGCCUUUCCGCGUCGUAUCCAAAUUGCGUGUUUCCGGUACAGUCAGAAUCGGAGUUUGUGUCAGACAUUUUGGACAGUUUCUUUUUUCCGUACAAAGUCUAUUCAUCUUAAGAAGACAAAAUGUCGUCGAUGAAAUCCAAGAAGAAGCACCGGUCUCGGACCCAGAGAUACACAUCAAAUGUGUUCGCCAUGUUUAACCAGGCACAAAUACAAGAGUUCAAGGAAGCCUUUAACAUGAUUGACCAAAACCGAGACGGUUACAUCGACAAGGAUGACCUUCUUGACCUGAUGACGUCACUAGGGAAGGAUCCCUCCAAUGAGUACCUAGAUAAGAUGGUGAGCGAGGCCCCGGGCCCAAUCAACUUUACCAUGUUUCUGACACUCUUCGGGGAGAAAUUAAACGGGACCGACCCAGAGGAAGUCAUUAAGAACGCCUUUGCUUGUUUCGAUGACAGAAAUGCAGGAUAUAUUAACGAAGACUACCUGCGCGAGUGCCUGACGACCAUGGGCGACCGGUGGACAGAGGAGAUGGUGGACGAACUCCUACACGGAGCCCCAAUCGCUGGCGGCAUGUUUGAUUACGUCGAGUUCACGAGCAUGCUUAAACAUGGCACCAAGGACAAGGACGAUGACGGGAUUCCGUCACUUCCGCCGGACCAACAGGCCUUCAAUCCGGUACAACCCUUGUAGUCUGUCGGAUAAACCGUGACUUACUGAACAAAAGCGUCGGAAAUGAGAAGGGAUAACACCUCUAUGACAUGUAGAACGAUAGAAUCAGUUUGUCCAAUUCCAUUCUAAAAUAUUCGCUGGUGGAAUUUAAUAUAUCCUGUGCAUUAGUACUGGAGGAGUGCACAAUGAUACCUACUUAAGUUAAUUCUGCGGAAUAAAUAAUUUUCUUUGGGGUGUAUUUUCGUGAAUUCCGAGUGCAUUCUUUAUCAUCAAAUGUAUAUGCCAGUGAACAUAUGUUAGCAUGGCAGAUUCUGAAAAAAAUCGUCCUCGGUCGAAUUUGGUAAAACUGCGAAAACUUUGCACCACGAAAAUAUGUGAUUUCGCAGUAUUACAUUUUGGUAUCCAUAAUUUAUUAGAGUAAUCUCCCUUUGAACAUUAAAUGAUAUCGAAAUAUACUCUUUAUUAAUGAUAUAUAUUUUUAGGAUUUUGUGAGUUAAAGUUAAACAACCAUCAACAAAUUAAAUCUAGUAUAUCGUAGUUUCUACUAGACGUGUGAAAUCAUAGAAAGACAUCAUUUUGUCAUCAAGAAAGUUUGUGUAAAAGCUAGAAGUAUUCUUUUGAAAACUUCUUUAUUAAUUAUAUUAAUACUUAUGACCAGAUGUGUUUGUACGAAGCACGUGACUGACGGCUUUAAUCGAUUAGCCCCUGUCCCCGUUAUCAUCUCGGACUUGUACAAGGCUAUCAACUGAUACGAGAAGUAGCCUUGCUCAAGUCCGAAAAUUUGUUCAAAGGGAUAGACUAGUCGAUUCAAGCACAUAUAGUUGGAAGGAAUGUAUAAUCCAUAAUCACUGGUGAUUAAUGAAAGGUGCCAAAAUCUACCUUGAUACUGCUGAGGAACGAGAAAACCCUUCAUGAACUUGAAACUCACGUCAUGUUUAAUAGUUGACUGUUUUAUAUCUAAGCGGCGUGC